AAGGGGAAAUUGUUGCUGGUGGAAAUGGUGAAGGAAAUCAAUCAAAUCAAUUGAAUUAUCCCCAAGGUUUAUCAUUUGAUAAUGAGGGAAAUCUUUAUGUUGCUGAUUGUAUAAAUCAUCGAAUCCAAAAAUAUGAAACAAUUUUAAAUUAA